UUUCUCGGCCUUUUGGCUAAGAUCAAGUGUAGUAUCUGUUCUUAUCAGUUUAAUAUCUGAUACGUGAGCUAUUAGCUCACAUGAUAUUAAAUUAAUUUUUUUUGGGAGAGAGCUCGUAACAGUAGCUUGCUACUGGAGUUCUCGAGCGUCGCCUGUGCGUUGCACUACUGCACUGGCUAGGCGCAUCCCACCAAUACUAGUAUAUAAUCUGAUGGCCUCAUUGCUUGAAAUAUUCAUAAUAGUACUGCCCUUUCUAAAAGCUUUGUGGGUUAAUUCUCGAGCGUAGCCUGUGCGUUGCACUACCACACUGGCCAGACGCAUCCCACCAGCACUAAUCUAUAAUCUGAUGGGCUCUUUGCUUGAAAUAUUCAUAAUGGUACUUCACUUUUUAAACGCUUUAUGAGUUAAUGAGGAGAAGUUCUGGAAUGGAUCUAGUGCAGAAAGUCUUCUGAUUUCAGUGUUUGUUGGUUGUGUAUUUGGAGAGAGAAGAGUAAGACUUAUUAGUCAUUUCCUUAAUGACGAAAGUACAUAUUGCUAAAAGUAUUGCAAACUUGAUUAAGAUAUAAAUGGUUCAUAUUAUUGAAAUACCCAUCACUUUGAGCUUUCAGAUAUGGUGACAGAGGUACUUGAUUUAGUCUUUGAUCUAAUGUUAAUGAGAAUUUUCUGCACUCUUAUUUCAGACAUGAAAUUAACAUAUUACUAGUAAGGCACAAGGAAAACCGUAGACAUGGAGAUAGCCACUUUAACACCUUCCUUAGGACCCAUAUCAUCUAAUCCGAGCACUGUUACACGGAAAGUGACAGUUGAUUUAAUGCCAUUUUAACUACAGACAAGCUACCAGAAGAUUUAAUAUUUUAGGCGUCACUCUCUAUAGGGUCCAAGCAGCAGAGUUUAAACCAGUAAAGAACUACUGAGAAAGAGCUUCAAAUCCCACAUCGGGGAAGUAACACGCGAAAAGUGAGAAACUGGGCUAUAAGUAAAAGAAAAAUACACAUUGCAAAUCAUACCUUUCUCGGCCUUUUGGCUAAGAUCAAGUGUAGUAUCUGUUCUUAUCAGUUUAAUAUCUGAUACGUGAGCCAUUGGCUCACAUGAUAUUAAAUUAGUUUUUCUCACUAUUGCACUGGGCUGGCGCACCCCUCCAUUCCGAGUUGAAAGCUGACUCUUUCUUACUCUUUCUACUAUUGUCUUCUGAAAAGAAUCUUCUCUGCAUGGCCUCCUUUGACUACACCGAAACGAUCCUUAAUUGAAAUUUUUUUCUUGUACUAGUUAUUGUCAAGAAAUAAAUAAAACUUAACAAAAAAAUUUCAACUUUCAAUCAAAUGAACGUUUAUAUGAGCUCUAAUGGCGCUAUAAAGGCGGAGGAUAGCAGACUUGUAAUAACAUCAUAAUCUAUACAAAUAAACAUAUUCCCGAUCAUUCAGAAACAAGAAACGAAUUUCUUCGUUUGGAGCCGCCUCUUAUGAAUCUUCUAUUUAAUAAUUCGCAACCAUUGACAAACAUUUUCCUUUUUUAUAAUGAUGUAAGAAUAUAGAAAAUUUAAUAUCCAAUAGUCAUGUGAAGUUAUAGUUAAAAAUUUAAGAAUUUCAAUUUCAAAACUUCCUUUCUGUAAAUUUAUUAGACCAAUUUUCUUCCCUUUACUUGUAACAAAAAGAGUCCAAAACAUUUUCUUAGUGGCAGUAGCUCACAAGAAUACUUGAAUAAUCUUGUGACCACGUAACAGGGCAACGGGACAUGAAUAGCAUGCCAAGGUCUGGAUGGCUUAUGGACAUAUUGCGUGGCUCCUUCUGUUUGUUAGGUGUUUCACCAACCUAUCAUCCACCCUACCCUACCCAGAAAAAUUAUAAAUAUUAAAAGAAAAGAAGAAUCUAAUCGAAACUCGAACAUAAAAAUGACUAGAGACAAACUCUAAAUCUCUUUCCUAUCCGACAUCUCUAUUACAUGUUUUAUUCAUAACCCAUAAAACUCCAAAAUGGAGUCUCUACUUAUAAAAAGAAAAACACAAUUGUAUCUGCUAUCCACACCUCAUUGUACCUUGUAAAUGGCUCCCUUUGUUUUCCCUACCUACCAAACUCUCGACCCGAAAGCCAUAAUUUAAGAAUCAUUACAAGGAACAAAACCCUAAGAAAAGUAGUCUAUCUUUUUCUCUUUUCUUGCUUUAGCUACUGUUUUUUGUUUGUUUGUUGUUCUCUUUCAGAGUAAAAACAAGACCUUUAAGCCAUGGCCUCAAACCCCCACGUCUCUCUUUCAACGACACGAGCAGGUUCUUUUCCUAUCCGAGCUCCUGUUACUCUUGAUGAUUCUUCUGAUUUUGAAUCCGACGGUCAUGAUAAAACUGAUAAUAGUGAUACUACUAGUAUUAUUUAUAAUGGGUCCGAGUCUGAAGAGUAUGUUAGUGGUGAGGAGUUUGAAAGUGCUUCAGAGAAGCUUUUUAUAGCUGACACAGAUGAGGAGAAUCAUGAACAAAUUGGCUUUUUUUAUGAAGUCACAAAUUUUAGGCCUUUAGUGGCAAACGCGGAUGAAGAGAGUUUGGGAAUUUCAGUUGACGAUGAGGAGAGUGGUGUUACUGAGGAGUAUGACCCCAUUGUUGAUUCUGAUAUUCCCAGUUCGCCGAAAGUUAUGCCUAUCGCCCAAUUGUCAAUGGAUGAUGAUGAGUUUGAGGAGUUGAUGUGUGUGGAGGGCAUGGUGAGAAGUGAACUCGAAGAUAACAGUUUUUCAGGUAUUGUUAAGGUGCCUAGUAUUGGUCUUCUUGAUAGAAUCGAUAGUGCACCUAGAGUUAGAGUUUCAGAUAUUCAAAAAGAUAAAGAAGCUGUGUUAUUUCUGCAAGAAGAUUCUUCUGUUAUGAAUGACUCCCAGUUGUUAGCUUUGAGAGAUAACGAGGAUCUUUUGGGUAAACUAGUUGGAGCUGACAUUGGUGUUUUGAGCAGCGAAAAUGAUAAACUUGCAGUGAAGGAUGGCUGCCAUGUUAUUUUAACGGAAGCUUAUGUUAGACCUUUGUUGGAGAAUAAAGUUGUUUUGGAAGAAAAUUCAGAAAUGAACGAAGAUGUCACGCAUGAUAUGGAUGAUUCUGUUUCAGUUGAAUUGGUUGACAAAUAUGGGCAUUUUGUACCAGAGGCUCAUGUUGACUCUUUGGUGGAUAGCAGUGUCUUGGAGAAAAACUUAAAAUUGGAUGAUGAUCCCAGGCAUUUUGUUGAAGAGAAGCUGCCAUGUGAGAAUUCACAGCAGGAAAAGAUUGCAUUGAACGGUGGAGAUUGGGGCAAUGAAAAGAGUAUGGGGAAUGAUUUUGUGAAUCAUGCAUUUGAGCAAUGUGGUACCAGUGUGCAAAAGGAACAGAUCGGCGAAGUAGCUAAUGUUUGUGAUGAUCCCCAUGGAAGUGAACUAGACCAGGUUGGUAACAUUUUGUUAGAGCUUGAAGAGAUGAAGGUUGAUGGCAUUGUUCUGCUAAAGGAACAGAUAACUAAAAUGGUUAAUAGCUCUAACAACCAGAAAAUGUUGCUAGAGCCUCAAAUACUGAAAGUGGAAGCUGCAGAUUUCAAUAACAAGGAUAAAAGUGUUUCUCUUGAGAAAGACAGUGACACAGAAAAACUAGAAGAUAAAACUGGACAAGAAACUAGUACAGUAUAUCAAUCUCUAGGACCUGAAGAUGUCAUCCCAGUUGUUUCUGUAGACACUGCUUUUGAGAUGAAUGAGAUUCAGACUGUGGAUUUGUUGGGGAAUGGUGAUAUGCCUGAAAUGUUUGAAAGUGAUAUAUUGGAAUUGCAGAGCAAUGCCAAAUCCUUUGGCAUCUUAGAUGAGAAAAAGACUGAUUCAGAAAAAAUAGAAAUGGAAAAAAGUUUGCUUUCUAAUGAAGAGAUUGAAGAUUUGAAUAAGCAUAUCAUUAAUGAAUUGAAGACAAGUUUUUUCUCUUCUCACCAAGCUGCUGAAGAUUUCCAUAAUGAUUUACAGAAAAUUGAUGAGCAGGCUGUUCCGGAGGCAGAUCAAGAAUUGGAGACUGAUGAGAAGCGCGAAGAAAAGAAAUUGUUCAACCCUGCUACAUUGCCUGCUCUUUUGAAUGCUGCAGCUCGUGCUGAGUUGGUGAAGUCUGCAGCUACUUCUGAGUUGGAUAGAGGCAGGAACAGAGUAACUGCUGCAGAUGGUUCUAGAGUAUUUUCUCUUAAGCACCCUGCUGGUUCAAAUUCCUCAUUUGACACUAAAGCACAUGCUUCACAAUCGGAUAUGGCCAAGGAUGCUGUGAAUGACGAUGUGAGCCAAGAAGAAAGAAAGAUAUUUGAAAAGCUACAACACAUUAGAGUGAAGUUCUUGAGGCUUGUCCAUCGCCUAGGACUUUCUCCUGAAGAUUCUACAGUUGUACAAGUGUUACAUAGGUUGGUCCUAGCUGCAGGGCUACAUGUUAGACACAAAUUUUGCAACGAAUUUGCCAAGAGAAUGGCCAUGCAACUUGAAGCAGAGGGAAAAGAUGAUUUAGACUUCUGUUUGAACAUUUUGGUUAUUGGGAAAACUGGAGUGGGAAAAAGUGCAACAGUUAAUUCUAUUUUUGGAGAGAAGAAAGUCAUGAUCGAUGCAUUUGAUCCUGCCACAACUAAGGUUAAGGAGAUUUUUGGGACAAUAGACGGAGUCAGGAUCAGAAUUCUUGACACUCCAGGUCUCAGAACCUCUGUUAAGGAAGAAGCUACCAACAGGAAAAUAUUAGAAUCUAUAAAGAAGUUAACGAAGCAGUUCCCUCCAGAUGUUGUCCUCUAUGUUGAUCGGCUAGACACCCACAGAGGAGAUCUCAAUGACUUGUCAUUGCUGGCUUCAAUCAGUAAUAUUCUUACUGCAUCAAUAUGGCGAAAUGCCAUUGUUACUCUGACCCAUGCUGCUGCUCCUCCCCCUGAAGAAUCGUCAGGUUCUCCCUUAAGUUUUGAGAUGUUUGUUGCUCAACGAUCCCAUGUUAUUCAGCAGGCUAUCAGCCAAGCAGUUGGUGAUCCGCAUCUAAUGCAUCCGAGUAUGAUGCAUCCAGUAUCUCUCGUUGAGAAUCAUCCCUCGUGUCAAAAAGAUGGAAGAGGAGAAAGUGUCUUGCCCAACGGGCAAAUAUGGAGAUCCCAAUUAUUGCUCUUGUGCUACGCACUGAAGAUUUUAUCUGAAGCAAGUCCUAAGACCAAGCCUCGAAAUCAAUUUCAGAAACUACCUUUGCCCAACUUUCUGACUUACCUAUUGCAGUCUCGGCCUCAUUCAAAACUCACUGCUAAGCAGGAUGGUGAUGAUAUUGACUCAGGUGUGGAAUUGUUAGCUUUAUCAGACUCUGAUGGAGAUGAUUAUGACCAGCUUCCACUGUUCAAUCCUUUGAAGAAAUCUCAGGUUGAUAAGCUUAGUGAAGAGCAGAGGAAAGCAUAUAUCAAGGAGUAUGAUUAUCGGGUAAAACUCCUUCAAAAGAAGCAGUGGAAAGAGGAGGUGAAAAGAUUGAAGGAGCUGAAGAAGAAAGGCAAAGAUCACAAAACUUAUCAUGGCUACAGUGAGGAAGCCGUGGAUCAGGAGAAUGGAGGUCCAGCAACUGUGGAAGUUCCCAUGCCUGAUUUUUUCAUCCCGCCUUCCUUUGACAGUGACAGUCCUUCUUAUAGGUACCGAAUGUUGAAGCACACAUCGCAACUUCUAGUGAGGCCAAUUCUUGAAUCGCAUGGAUGGGAUCAUGAUAUCGGAUAUGAUGGCAUUGGUCUAGAAAGAAAUCUUGUUAUUGCUGAUCAGUUCCCAGGUGCAUUUGCUGUUCAAAUCACAAAGAAUAAGCAAGAGUUUAACUUUCACUUGGAUUCCUCAAUUUGUGCAAAGCAUGCAGAAAAUGGAUCAACAAUGGCAGGAUUUGACAUCCAGGCUAUGGGAAAGCAGCUUGCAUAUAUUCUGAGAAGUGAAACCAAAUUCAAGAAUUUCAAGUUACACAAAACAACUUGUGGGAUGUCCAUUACUCUGUUGGGCAAAAAUAUUUCUACAGGACUCAAAAUUGAGGACCAGAUUGCAGUUGGAAAACGUUUGGCUUUGGUAGGAAGUGCUGGUGCCGUGAGGUCUGGAAGUGAUGCAGCAUAUGGUGCCAACUUUGAAGUUCCUGUCAAGGGUAGGGUCUUUCCUCCAGAGCAAGAUCAAUCCACAUUGGAUUUGUCUCUAAUGAAGUGGAGAGGUGAACUGGGUCUAAUGGCAAACAUACAGUCUCAGUUCUCCAUUGGUCGGAAUUCCAAAAUGGCUAUUCAAGUUGGAAUGAACAAUAAGCAAACUGGGCAGAUUAUCAUCAAGACUAAUAGCUCAGAACUGCAAGUUGCCCUCAUCAGUACCCUACCAAUGUUAAUAUCCAUGUUAAGAAGUGUCUGCCCUGGUGGUGAAGUUAGAAAAAUUCAAAGAUGAUACCAGAUCACUAGAGGUGCCUUUUGGACAUAGAUUGUUGUUAGAUAGCAGUUCUAUUUUGUGCAGAUUUUACAUAUUCAGUAAAGGCUAGUUGUUAUUACAACACCUCUGUUGAAUCCACAGAACAUUUAUCUGAGCCGUUAAAAAAUUGACACAAGUGCAGCAGAUAGUUGAAAUAGACAUACUACUUUCGGCAAAUUGUAGUCUUGUGGUGUCAUUGAUUAUGUUUUCUAUGAUAAAAAGUCUGCUUAUUUGCACCAGAA